UGUUCACUUUCUCGCAACCAAUGAAAGAGCGUGUGUGUGUGAUAGCGUAAAGACUUGUUGCAUUCGUUCUGUCGCCGAUGUUGGAGAAUGUGUGUGUGUGUUCGGUUCAUUGAAUACUCGAAGUUCAGUUAUGUAUGCUUUUGCGCCUCAAGAUCGGUUUGCUUCUAACAUAAAUUUUCAGAAUGUGUAUCAUAUGUAGUUCACUGCUUCUAGGCGUUGCUGACGUAUACAUUUUUCACAGUUAGCCCAGUUUUUAAUAUACAAAGUGCCUAAAAAUUGAUUAAGAAUUAGAACACUUGGAUUAUGAAAGUUAUAACGAUUUAAUAAAACCGAUCCUUGAGGAAAAUCAUCAACUUUAUAAAAUACCAAAGAAUAUGGGGGAUUCCAACAAAAAAUCGAGCCCUAAGGUUAAAGAACCUGGGAACCAAACAAGUCCAAACACUGUAAAAAUAUUGAAUGAUCGCGCCUCAAAACGUACGAAGCCAAGUAGUCCGGAGUCUAGUCCAACAUCAAAACAUGUGAAGCUUUCUAUGGGAAAAAACAAAACUAUUGUUGAAAAUAAUGAUGACAUGGACCAUUAUGUAUUGAAAACCAUAAAAGACGAGGCCAACUUGGAGGGUGGCGAAACAAUAGCUUUUGUUUUGAAUGAGAAGCCGAAAGAUGUAAACAGCGCUGUUGGAGAAGUUGCUGAAGAACUCCAAAUCAGCGAGGAGGAAGCGGAUGACGCCGAUGGGAAAAAUGAGCUAAUGGAUCACGUUUGCGGCAAAUGUUACAAAACUUUCAGACGAUUCAGUGGCCUUAAAAAUCAUAUGGAAUUUUGUCGUUACGACAGUGGUUAUCACUUACGGAAAAAUGAAAUGUUAAAGAAUCUUGAUAAAAUCGAGAAAGAUGCUGUUACUAUGGAGAAGAAAGAUGUCUGUUUUUGUUGUGGCGAAAGUUAUGACACAUUCCAUUUGGGGCAUAUUAAUUGCCCGGAUUGUCCAAAGUCAUUCAAAUCGCAAAUGAGCUAUGAGCGCCACAUAUUUAUUACGCACUCUGAAUUCGACACUUACCCCUGCUCCAUUUGUAAUGCAAAACUGCGCAGCGAUAACUUAUUGAAACUGCACGAAGAGCAGCAUAAAAAUCGUGGAAAGCCAUUUGCUUGUAAAAUAUGUGGAAAAGACUUUACACGUGCGUACCAUCUCAAACGUCAUCAGAAGUAUUCAUCGUGUUCGGCCACAGGAAGUGACUCCAUGAAGUGUAAAGUAUGUGAUAAGGCCUUCUUUCGGUUGGACAAUUUGCGUGCGCAUCUAAGGCAGCAUUUGGGUACGCAUGUUACCAAGAAGCCGGAAUAUAGAUGCCCACAAUGUAAAAAUUGCUUUUACAGCUUGUCUACAUUAAACAUUCACACGCGUACACACACCGGAGAGCGGCCUUUCGAUUGCGAUUUAUGUGAAAAGAAAUUCCCCACUUUGAUUGCCUUGAAAAAACACCGACGCUAUCAUACUGGCGAAAAGCCUUACACUUGCUCUGUUUGUAAUCAAUCGUUUGCGGUUAAGGAGGUGCUGAACCGUCACAUGAAGCGGCACACGGGUGAAAGACCACAUACUUGCACGGAGUGCAAUAAAAGCUUUAUCCAGGCAUCACAAUUGCGCAGUCAUGCGCGCACGCACAUUUUACCGUUCGAAUGCUCAGAGUGCGAUCAAAAAUUCAAAACCCAAAAAAACCUCGACAAGCACAAAAAGACGCACAUCAAGAAAUGUUACGAGUGCAAUAGCACUUUCGCCGAUCAGUCUCAACUGGAGGAUCAUAUGGCAAACUUCGUCCACAAAAAAACAACCAAAACACCGAGGAAAGCAGUUACUCGUAAAUCUACAAGACGCACGCGUACCUAUUGCUAUGUGUGCGAUGAGGAUUUCACUACCUUGAAAAACUUCCAAUUUCACAUACUCAAGGUGCAUGAGAUGGAUCCCGAUGAUUUUGUUAAUGAGAUACCAAAAGAAAACGAAGCAACCAAAACGAAUGAAAACGUAUACAAAAUCGAAGGUGGCGCAUCAAACGAAAUACAGAUACUUAGCGAAACAGAGGGUAAUGCCGCUAUUAUGGCCGCUAGCAGUGUGGGGAGCAAAGAGAUUUACAACAACAACGAAGGUAGUAAAGGUGGUUUAGUGGUGAAAGAGUUCAUCGUCAAUGAUGUCCCCGCCACUGAAGAAUCAGCCGUGGUUAUUCAUGAUGAAGCGUAUACUGUUAUACCAUUGGACGGCGAUGGUCCAAUAGAAACAGUGACUGCUGUUACUAUGAGUCCUAUAAACAUAUCAACAGAAGUGAAAAAGGAGCGUCGCAAAUCAUUAGCUGAAUCACUGGCCGUGGCGAUUGGCUCAGACAGCGUUACAUUGAAAGAGCCAAUGCAAUUGAAUGAAGAAGAUAUGAAAUUGAAGGAGAAUGUCGGCAAAUUGCUCGAUAUGUUGGUGGACAACAAAACUUUAAAGAAAUUCGGCUGGCCAACCAAUACCGAAGAGAAUGUUUUAUGUCGCGUCAUUGAAAAUUGCGGCUAUAACUUAACAAAAGAUGCUGAAAUAUAUCGCGAUUGCGAUUAUGCGACGCGGAUGCGUGAAUAUGUAAAACUAUUAUUUACAGUAGUGAUACAUAAUGACUCCAUUAAGGAAUUGUUAAAUAAUUACCCCAUCGAUGAGGUAGUUGAGUACGUGCUGGGUAAUGAUGACGACGAGGACGAAGAUGGUGAUAACGAUAAAGAUGAUGAUGACAAUAGUAAUAUGAAAAAUUAGCCGAAAAUUUAUUGGUACCGAAAACGUUGCCUUUGUUUAUAUUGAAUAUAGAAUUACAAAAACAAAACAAAACAAAAACAACUUAUGGUAGUGAAGUUGCCUUCUGACGUCUAACAUUUUUCAUAUACAUAUAUUUAAUGUUAUGUACAAAUUUACGUAAACAUAUACAAGAAACUUCUUAACUCUAUGUAUAGAUUUAUACCAACAACAAAUGUAUAGUGUGUAGUAUGAAUGAAUUUUUUAACACUGAAAUGAAGUUUGGUUAGUUGACACUCGGUUGGAGCCGAAAUGAAUUACAUUUAUUAAUUUUGUAAAAUAAUUUUCCAAGCAAUAAAUAACAAUUGAAUUGAAGUUAUGAAAUAACAAAACUGAA